CAGCGCCGCGCCUCUGUGUGCCAUCAAAGGCGCCGCCCAGCUCGGCAGGGCUCGCCGUGGCGCGUCCGGCUCUGCCCCGUAUUAUUAUCCACACGCGUUGCACGCGAUUGGGCAGCGGCCGCUUUUCAUUGGGCAGCCCCAUUAGUCUCUGGGAGCCAGCGCCGAACGCCGCCGACGGGGCCCGGACGCGCGUCGCACGCCGUCGGCGCGAUGGAGGCGCCCCUAGUCGUCAAGAACUCACACCUGUCCCCCGUGCGUCGCGAGGCGCCCCCGAUCGAGCCCGCGGACGAAGAAUCGGUCAUCGAACUUCCACCGGAGGUGCUCGCCCAGCAGCGCGUCGACGCGCUCGAAGCAAAACUCGACGCGCUGCUGAAGGGCGGGCCUCGAUAUCAACCGGUAGUGAAGGACGAGCCACUUCCAGUGAAAGAGGCGUGGGGCCGCGCGGAGGGCUGCGCUGCGGUCUCCGCUUUAUUUGAUGCAAGGGCGCACGAAGUCUGCGAUCUGCAACAGAUGCAGGACAUCGUCGGUUUACCACCUGUACCGGAAAGCCUCACAGCCUUCGUGCAGGCGCAGUUCCAGCUGACGUUCCGGAGCAAGCACAUCACUGAGGAGAAGUUAGACGCGUUCUGUGCGUGUGUCGACGAAGCUAUUGAAGCUUUACGACAUUUCAAGGGCGAGGGCGAGCGGGGCCAGGCGCGAGCGGAGCGAUUGGCAUUGUUCCGAGACUCUCUGACAUCAUUACCAUGUUUUGACAGCAUGGCUGUCAUCUUACAAUCACUAGCCAAGGACGGCAAGUUAGAGUCCAUAGCGCAAGCGCUACCUCCGGUGGGCGAUGUCAUGGUACCCGUGCGCGGCGGGACAUUAAUUGCAAGACUCCCGAAGCUCGCGACCGACGACCCGCGGGGCCCGCCGCGCGUCAUGUCCCUCCACGCGAAGACGUGCUCCAUGACGACCGUGGUAAGGGCCUUGGCGGAGAGGGAUAUGCUGCCGGACGAGGAGGUGCUGCGGUACGUCUUGGACGAGCUUGAUGUGGUGUCUGCGGACGCUCGUUCCGGCCCAGUCAUGGUUGGCGGUGUCCUAAGGCAGCCCUCGCUCAAUAUUCUAGAUGAGCUCCUAAGUGAAGCCGGUAGCAGACCGGGUACCGCUCUCACCGAUUCGUCGUGGCGGCCAGGGACGGCUAAUACGUUCCGAGGCAUCGCGCGAUGCGCCUCUGCUUUGAGUUCAAAGGCCAAGUCGCUGAAAAGUCGUUCUCGUAGUACGAUACCGGGAAGGGAGGAGCUGCCUCCGAACCUGAUGCGGCUGAAGAAGGGCCUGUACGUCGAGCUACACUGGUUGUUAAGGCAGCUUUCGGGAGUGGAGGCGAGCCAGAUGAGUUGUGCGGAGCUGAUGUCAUCAUCAGUGGAGGAGGAAGAGGAAGACGACCUGCUGACGGCUGUAGAAGAGGAAGAAACGCCCGUGAAGAGGAUGUCCACCGUCGCCGAGCGACGCGCCGCGGCCGAAGAAUUACAAAGACGCAUGGACGCCGAGUUCGGGCAACAACGGGAAGGGAGCGAGCUCAAGGGUGCGACCGGUGAUGGUGCUCUAUUGGAGGAGGAGCUCCAUCCCGUCGAACGAGUACCGACGCCGGAACCUGUCGUGAGACCGAAAACGCCGGAGGAAGAGUACUGGGGCUGUGCGCAUUCCCUGUUGGAUGAGGGUGGCAGAGAUGUCAGUUUCGAGGAGAUCCGUACUUUAACAUUCUUGCUGAGGAAAAGACGGCUGCUCACUGUUAAUAUACGACUGCCCAAUUCUCGAACAUCAACUUUGAGGUUCGGCAUGCGGGAGACGGUGGGCGAAUGUUUUUCGCGGCUCGGCAAGGCGCUGAAGCUAACGGUUGCGGAGAAGCGAGUCGCGCGGCUCUGCGACCUGCGAGGGCGGCCCUUCGCCCUAUCAGAUUUCAUGGUCAAGCACGUGCCGCACAACAACAGUACGUUAUUAUUAUUGCCGCGUGCCGGUGCUCCGUGCGCGCCGCCGCUGCCUCCGUUAGAACCCGGGGAGGAGCCUGAUAUGUCGUACGUGAGGCACCUGCGCGAGGCGACUACUGAACUAGCACGGCACGAUACCAAAGUGGACGUCAGGGAUCGGUGGGGCCCGCAGAAGCCGCUGCCUUCCGCCGAGAAGCGGCAUCCGCCAGCCGUUCUGGCCGUGGCGAAGGCUCGCAAAAGAAGGGCACGGUUAGUGAAAUAUAAGUGA